AUGACUAAUCCCACCACUAAUUACUCAUAUUUAACUGAUACUGAAAUGCAGAUUUUACAGCAAUGUCCUUACCAAUUGACUCUUUCGGUUGACGAAUUAACAAAAUCAGCCGUAAAAAGAUACCUUGAUUUCGAGAAUCCACCACGACCACAAAACAGUUGGAUUAUUUUUCGAAAAGAUUAUGAAGCAAACUUACGUGGUUGUAAUUCUGACGUCAAACAAGAAGUCAAACAUACGGCUCGAGAGUGUAGCCUGAAGUGGCGACAGUUAUCAAGUGAGGUCAAGAAUUUCUUCAAAGUAUUGGAGAAAAUAGCUUGUGAGAAUCAUAGGCGCAUAUAUCCUAAUUAUAAGUAUAAGCCAAAAAAUGACAAAAAUUCAAACCUUAUGGAUGAUACAACAUCAACGACAACGCUUUAUUAA